AUGCUACCCUCUCAAAAAUGGCUAGACGCUGCCAAUUCGAACAACUUUGGCAACAGUGAAAUAGCUGUGGAAGAUUCAGCAAACUUCAAAUUCAACUUAGAAAAUCUGGUAUUAUCAAAGAAAUUCAACCUUUUUAAAUCCAAAAGUUGAUUUUCAGAAAACAUCGGAAAAAGGUUAUAAUAUUUAUUCGCCUUUCAAAAUUCAUCAAGGAUUGACUUUUCAAGAACACGCUGAAAAAUACAAUUUUCGUUAUGAACUUGGUCAGAGACACUUUGGGUGAGUAUCUAAUGAUUGUCAGGAUAACUAAAAUAAAUUUCAGAAUUUCUAUCGAAAAUAAUUGCACUGGAUGUGAACCAGACGAUUCUAUUGAGAAUUGUUUUGUUUUCUCGUUCACUGAAUCGAAAAUAUUGAUUGAUAUUGAUCUCGUUGAUUUUGGAAUUGAAGUGAGUUUUUUUUGAAAUUUACCGGCAAAUUCGAGAUCAAUAUUUUUAGCCGUGGAUUCUCGACCAUGUUCGUCCAAAAAUCCGUGUCUCUCAAAAAGUCAAUCAUCGAACAGAUUCUGGUGCAAUUUUAGCAUUGGGUGUUCAAAUGGGUCGACUCGCAAAACCCGAUUCUCGCUUUAAUUUGCACGAAGAUGCUUUGGAUGUUGCGGAGGAUAAAACUUUCGUUAUUAGUCGAAAAGAAUGGGAAAUUGAGCCAAGUAAGUAUAGGAAACCAAAAUGUUGUUUCCUCUGAAAAAAAAACCCUAGUUUCAGCAGCAAAAUGGGAAGACAUGAUAGUUGAACUCAACGAUUAUCCUUCAAGAAUGCGACAUUUAACAAUAAUAAUUGCUGGAAAAGACAAACCAUAUUGGAGAGGCUUCUUUGGUCCAAAAAUUGCGAAUCUUCAAUUUCAAGUCAUUCUUCCAGAGGAGCCGGUGUUAUAUAAAUUUAGAGAACCUUUGGGUUGUGAGGAGAGAGUUGACGAAGAAUUUUGA